AUGGAGCGGGAGGCGUUCGCACUUCUCACCCGCUGCGCUGCGUGUCUUUCACUCCGUGGGCAACAGAGUCCCUCCCAGGCGAUGGGCCCCUCUCGCCAAGGGGACACAACCCACAGUGGCGGCAGCCUCAGCACUCUGCACGGGUGCAGUACUUUUUCUCUUCUGCGCACGUCCGCCGGCCCACUCAGUUUAAUCGGGCCUGCUGCACCGUAUUGGUGCUCGACGGGGUGCGUCGGCCUCGAUCGUGCGUUAGGCGGCGGUGGGUUCCGCAGCGGCUGGGUGACGGAGGUCUACGGGGAGGCGGGUGCCGGCAAAACACAGUUGGGGCUGCAGUGCCUGCUGCAACAGUCCGCCCACGACCUAUGCAAGUCUGCCGCUGCGUUAUGUCUCGCACACAAUCCGCAGUUUGCAGCGUUGCGCCUUCUUCAGCAGCAACAGCAGCAGAACACACAGAGCACACAGGGAAUGGUGCAGCGGUGCAACGAGGCGUUCCACGUGGAAAGCGUAAAAGCAGCGCGAUGUGCGGUGGUGUACCUGGUCUCGGAGGAAGUACCCACCUCUCGCUUAGGCCCGCUGGCCGCCGCCGCGGUCCGUCGCGCCGUACGCGCAGUGCAGCUUCACCCGUUAAUAACGUCGCUGCCCAGCGGGAUCGUUGAGGCCGUGAUGCGCAGCGUGCGCCAGACCUGUACCGAUACGAUGGUGCUCUCCUGCUUGCAGAUACGUCACAUCGCGUCGAUGCAAGAGCUGCUGCGCCUUGUGGAGCCCCACGCUGCCGCCGCUCCUCCGCCGUCUUCACCUGGGGAGGGACGGAGCAGCUGCAGUUUGAGCGAUGCGGUGCGGAUGCUGAGCGGCUCGCUUGGUCGGGCGCUCAUUGUGUUGGACUCCAUUGCCGCGGCGGUGGUUGCGGGGCAGGCCGACAUACACGGGAUAGCACAGACAGACGCAUCGGUGGCUGCUAUCGCGACGCAGCUGCGAUGUGCAGCCGCGCGGCACAACUGGUGCGUCGUCGGCAUCAACCAAGUCCGUGCUACACGACACCACUCUACCGGUUCGUCGUGUACGCAGUUCAAGAGAACACGGUCGCCCACCUCGUCAUCGUCGCUGUCUUCAUCGGGGUUUUCCGCAGAUGGGAGUCACACGGUGGUGCCGGCGCUGGGGCUUGCGUGGUCCAGCGCGUCUCAGUGUCGUGUGCACCUGCGCAAGUCGCUGUCGCUGGGCGUGCGUCAGCUCAUCCUGCGCCAGUCCCCUGCGCAUCCCCCUUCUCAGGCGAGUUACGUCAUUACGCAAAAUGGAAUCGAAGAUGCCUGA